AUGGCCAUCGCGGCCGCCGCUUGGGCCAGCAGCAAAACGGACAGCCGCAGCAUUGAAAUGGCUGAUGACUCUCGUCUCGGACGCAGCUCGCGCUCGACGAGCGGUCCACGCGCGGAAAUGCAGGCGAGCGACGACGCGCUGCGCGCCGCCUUCGCGUCCGUCCCGGGCCCGCACCCGCUCGAUGCGGACUCGGUGAAUCUGGCGCUCUUCGCGGUGGGCUGGGACCACCUCCUGCGCGACCUCCGCCUUGGACUGCCGACGCAUACGGCUCAUGCGGUUGUGGGCAAGCUGGUGGCUGAUGGCGUCCGCAGCGCCUUUGCGCUUCGGAACAACCUCGUCCACUUCAAGAAGAUCAUCCUUGGCAUUCAUCAAACAAACAUCCUGCUCGUGCACGACUGCCGCCGGCUCAGCACAUUCUUCCGCCGUGGCUACAUUCGAUCGUCGCGCUACCGCGCGCUGAGCGAUGCCUUGUGCGAGACGGAGGGUGCGCUCGGCGCUCUGCUCGACGCGCGACGCUUCACAAAGGCCCCGUGCUCUCACUCGCGCUGCGCGGGCGUCCUCGCGUUGGCGCUGCCCGGCUCGAUGAAGGGCUAUCGCCUCCUCCAGGAGGCCGUUACAGAGGCCGUCCAGGCCGAGCAGCUCGGACGCGAGCUCGAGGCGCAUCUUGGCGCGUGCACGGCGCGGAUGGCGGCGCUGCAGGCCGCGCAGCGUGGCGACAGCGGCUUCGCGGCGCUCGUCGACACUCUCUCCUCCGAGCUCCGUUUGUCACCGGCGAGUGCGUGGUUUGUGCGGUGCGCCCUGAUCGCACGCGGCGGCGCAAAGGCCCUUGUUGUCGCCGAGGAGGCGCGAAAGCUGACCGCGGCGAUGUGCUGCCUCCUCGAGGCUUGCACGAAAUGCGCCGCCACGCUCGCUGAUGGCCACGAGCGGCGGCUGCACGGAUUGAGCCGCUGCCUUGAGAGCCUCGUGCAUUGGCUGGCGGUGAUCAGCGAGGGCAACGCCGAGGGGCGCGUGCUGUUUGUGGGCACCGAUGGCGACCUCGCGCUCGGCACGACCUCCUUCGUCCCUCGCGGCUUCGACGGGCUUCUCAAGCCGUUUGAGGCGGUGAGGGCGCUCGCCGACGGUUACAGCACGCAGAUGGUCGACCGCAUCGCAGCGGAGGGCUGGCCAAGCGGGCGCGGCGGGCGGCGUGGCGCGUCUGAGUGCUCCCACUGCGCGCUCUCGCUGCCUCCGACGUGGGUCCGCGACGGCGUCUGCCUCGGGUGCGAGCACCGGGUGCGGCGGGAGGGGCGCUGCCCAUACGGCGGCAUCGGCCGCCGCAGCAAGUGCGACGGCCGCGCGUGGUGCGCGCACGACCAGCGCUGCUUCAUCUGUGACGGCUGGUCGUGCGGCGCGUGCCGGCUCCUGCAGGGCGAUGGGGCGGACGUCGCCGCCGCGGUGGAGGCAUUGCAGCCGUUGCGCCUCUUUGUGGACUUUGACCGCACGCUCUGCUCCACGCGCGGCGGCUCCCCUCUCCACGGCAGCCACACCGUCGACGACGACCUUGUCAGCCUGAUCUCACAGCUGGAAGGCCGCGUGCACAUUGUCACUCGCAACGUCCACGUCGACGGCAUCCGGAGCUUCUUGGAUGGGAUCGGCCUGACCCACGUCCCCGUCCACCGCGUGCCAAAGCCGCGCUCCAAGGCCGAAGUCGUCUGCGACCCGCGCUGGGCGGGCGGCGCGGAGGGCCAUGGCGGAGGCGACGGCGUCGUGCUCUUUGUGGACGACUCGAUCUCGGAGCACCUUCGGGAGGAUAUACGCUCCAACGAACGCGUCGUCCGCUUCCUCUUCUCGCGCACGCGCUCGAGCGCCGCCUCGACGUGA